UUGCAUGCCAAUGUCGCCAAUUCGGUCAGCGUCGGAUAAUCGGAUUCGUUUCACGGCAGUCUAGACUGGCGAUUUGUGAGCGAAUUAGUAUUAUUAGUCGGCAUUGUUGACUCUGACAGCGGGUUUUAUCGUCGUCCCACGAUAAACCGCCGCGCGAAGUAAACACCUCAUAAGCGCAAACGGAACACUUGCAUUUUAUGAACGAGCCGUUACGAAAAACGCGACCCGACAUUAAACUCGGAACGCUUGCUAACCGCAGUUCGUAGGACGAUUCGCGAGUUCCAAUUGCUGUUCUGGAAAACCAAGUUUUUUAGAAGGUUAGCUCAACGGGCUCGAUUUACCUCCAACGGUUCUGCGAAUUGGAAAUUGCCUCGAGCUCCAGUGAGCUUGACUUGGAACGUUAUUGUUAUCCCUGACAACCACUUGGAAGCAUGGCAAAAUGGGGCGAAGGCGACCCACGUUGGAUUGUGGAAGAGAGACCUGAUGCAACCAAUGUUAAUAACUGGCAUUGGACGGAAAAGAAUGCCUGUGCAUGGUCACAAGACAAGUUGAAAGAACUUUUUAUAAAUUUCAAAAUUGAGGGAGAAGGAGUAUUAUGUAAAAUAACAGAAAUGGAAAAGUGUGAAGGUGAGGCGGUAGCAAAUAAUAGAAAAGGGAAACUUAUUUUCUUUUAUGAAUGGAAUAUUGUUCUUAAAUGGAUAUUAGAUGGAAACUCCAGUAAAGAUAUUGAGGGUAAAAUUAAUAUUCCUAACCUCUCUGAAGAAAAUGAUAUUAGUGAAGUAGAUAUUGAAGUUACAUUAAAAGAUAGUACAGAUGAAGGGGAGAAAGUUAAACAAUUCUUACAUACUAAGGGUAAAGAUGCAAUAAGAGAAAAAUUAAAGAAAUAUAUAUCUUCUUUAAAAGAAGAGUUUACGAAAGGAAUGAUACUUCCUAAAAAAGAUAACGAUAAAGAAAAGGAAAAUAUUUCAAAUAUAACAUCUGGUUUUAAUAUUAAGAUGCAAAUGAAUGCUGCAGUGACACCAACGAACAAUAAAACAGCAAACUGUAAAAUCUCAACCACUACGAUUAAACAAAAUGUAAAAUUUCAAUGUAGAGCGGAUGAAUUUUACAACGUCCUCUCUUCGAUCGAGAUGGUACAAGCAUUUACGAAGAACCCGGUAAAGCUAGAGCCGAAGAAAAAUGGUCAAUUCGAGCUAUUCGGUGGUAAUAUUCACGGCGAAUUUAUAGAGAUCACUCCAACGAAGAUUAUUCAAAAAUGGCGUUGUAAACAGUGGCCGUCCGGACAUUUCAGCGAUGUUAUGAUCGAUAUCUGUGAAAAGAACGAUCAUACUGAGGUCAAUUUAACGCAGAGCGGUGUCCCAGUGAGCGAGGAGCUCUCUACGAAGGAGAAUUGGGACAGGUAUUACUGGGAUGCUAUAAAACGAACCUUCGGCUUCGGAUACUUCAUGGCGUCGAGCAUGCCAUGCGCACUUAACAGGGAGGUAAUCGCGUUGCACACCUGGCGCAACAUGCAUCCUUCCACGCCCUUGCCGCAGCAGCAGUUCGACCGCCUCGCCAGGGAUAUCGAACUGGCCGCAUUCGAUGAGGAAUCUGUCGCAAUUAUGGCAGUUAUCGAGUACGUUACUUCCUUCGAGUAUGUCCUCUACCCCCGGCGUUUCCCACGCGAAUUAGACUUAGAUAGAGAUUCUCAAUCCGACAUGAACGUUACUCCGGUGGUGGAGAUACCCGGCAAUGACAACUACAGCAUCAGCAACGGUCUCGACUGCGGCGGUGAGCCCCAUCAAUACGCGAUAUGGGAGCGUGUGACGAUAGUGGUGAUCGCCGUCAUCCUCAGUCUCACCACGGUCGUCGGCAACAUUAUGGUCAUGAUAUCAUUCAAGAUCGACAAGAAUCUGCAGACGAUCUCCAACUACUUCCUCUUCAGCCUGGCGGUGGCCGACUUCGCGAUCGGCCUAAUCUCCAUGCCCCUCUUUACGAUAUACACGGUGCUUGGUUACUGGCCGCUCGGGCCCCUCGUGUGCGACACGUGGCUCGCCCUCGAUUAUCUCGCGAGUAAUGCGUCGGUCCUUAAUCUGCUCAUCAUCAGCUUCGACAGAUAUUUCUCCGUCACGCGUCCGCUUACCUAUCGGGCCAAGAGGACCACCUUCAAAGCCUCCGUCAUGAUCGGAUCCGCUUGGGGUAUAUCGCUGCUUCUUUGGCCACCCUGGAUCUACGCGUGGCCGUACAUCGAGGGUCAAAGGACUGUGCCGAAAGCCUCGUGCUACAUCCAAUUCAUCGAGACGAAUCAUUACAUCACCUUCGGCACGGCCAUCGCCGCGUUUUAUGUUCCUGUCAUGAUAAUGACGUUCCUUUACUGGCGGAUCUGGAUGGAGACGAAGAAACGUCAGAAGGACCUGCCGAAUUUGCAGGCUGGCAAGCAAGACGCGAGCAAGCGCAGCAACUCGAGUGACGAGGUUUUAGAUAUGGAGGAGAGCAGAAGACAGCGAAGCGAAUCGAGCACCGCCGACGACGUCUCGCACGCCACGCACAUCGCGGUUUCCUACAUUGAUAAGCACUAUCCGCAAUACAAGAGCCACAGGCCGUUUUCCUGGACCUGGCUGAAGAUGUGGUGCAUCGCAUGGUGGCACAGCGGUCGAGACGACGAGGACGACGACGAGGAGAUCGCUGGACCGGAGAGCAGCCACACCGGGGCCGGUUACGAAGACACGCUCACGCCGCUGUCGGCCGAGACGCCGCUUCCCAGCACGGUAUCGCGAUGUCCCUCCCUCAGCGCGAUACAGGCCACGGGGAUCGCCCUGGACAAGACCGCGAUACAGCACGAGUUAUACAAAAGGCCGGCACGGUCGGUCGACCUUAGAAAUAUUUCCAGCGAUACCAUUUAUACGAUUCUAAUCAAAUUGCCGAGUAACGGCGGGAAAUUCACCGAGGGGACGAGCAUAAGGAUGAUACAUGACGAGUCCAUGUCGAUCCAGUUGCACCCUAUGAUGGAAGACAGCGAGGAUGACGGUGGUGUUGGCGGUAGCGGCAGUGGUGCCAGCAGGCUCUUCCGUCUCGGCGGCGGGUCCGUGUCGAGCCCAUCGACGGUGACGAUGAGGAGGCCAUCGCAGAUGCCGGACAUCAGGAUACCGUUGAACGCGAAGAACAUACCGAAGGUGCUGACUGGCAAGGGUAUAUUGAACAAGCAGCCGAACAAGAAGAAGAAGAAGAUCGUGGAAAAGAAGGCCGAUCGUAAGGCCGCGAAAACGCUGUCAGCCAUCCUGCUGGCAUUCAUUAUCACGUGGACCCCGUACAACAUCUUGGUACUCCUCAAGUCCAUCACCGCCUGCUCGUGGUACAUACCUCAGGUGCUGUGGGACUUUGUUUAUUACCUUUGUUACAUUAACAGUACUGUGAACCCGAUGUGCUACGCGCUGGGCAACGCAGCUUUCCGCAGAACCUACGUGAGGAUUCUCAAGUGUAAGUGGCAGAGCAGGAACCGCGGUACCGGUGCGGUCGAUCGUGGAUGACAUCAGUAACCCAUCGAUGCGUACUUCGAUCUUUUCGCAUCGAGGAGGGGAACAGUCUCCUCUCCAUGCUUCCGAUAUCAGCACACUACAGAAUUGGAAGUCAACGACCACGCGCGCGCGCGUGUGCAUACACACGUACACACAUAUGCAUAUACCG